AUGGGCCUGCUUCAUCCAUCGUUUGCGCAUUAUAUUUGUUGUAUGAAACCAAAUGAAGCUAAACGUGCAUGGGAAUUUGACCCUCUUGUGGUCUUGGGUCAACUUCGAGCUUGUGGUCUUUUGAUGAGCAUCAAAAUCAGUGCUGCUGGUUAUUGUACACGGUGGACAUUUGAAGAUUUGGCUGAACGGUACUACAUGUUGAUGAACUUGAAAUCAUGGAAAAAUGAAGUUGAAGCAAUCUGUUUGAGUAUCUUAUCAAACACCAUCAAAGAAGAAAACAAAUAUCAAGUAGCAUUAACUAGAUCUUCUUUAGAGCGGCAAAGUUAG